AUGACCAGGAUUCUCUAUCGAUGGGGUUUGAAAGCAUUCAUGGAUCAAGUAUCGGAAAAGACUGGAUGGAGUCGAGAGGGCUUGAUUGGGACUAUAAACUAUGACGAUGAACUCCUACAAGAUCAAAUCUCUGAAUUUCGUUUUCUUCGAACUCAGACACUGGAAGACAAACUGCAAGAAUUAGUAGACAAUGAGGCGAUUAGGGUCAUUUUCGGAACCGUCAUCAACAUUACAACUGUUCCUAAUAUGCCAGCCAAAGUCAUAGUUGGAGAGGGCAGCAUUAUCAAUGCUGAUUUUGUCAUCUGCGCAGAUGGGUAUGAUAGCGCUUUCAAAGACUUUGCCGAUUGUGAGAUAGAGGAAGGCGGUCCCAGCUGGCCAAAUGCACAUCUAGUAUUGGCUUUCGCAAUCCCCAUCAGCGCUGUGAGGGAGGAUGAAGCGCUGAGGAGCGUGUUCCAAUCUUCCACACAGUGGAACAUAUGGGUAGGAAACGGGUUUGUCGUGCAUGCAAAUGUAUCUGACGGAGGUGAAUUCGUGCGUGCCACGAUGACCGCCAACUACAAUCGAGAUAUCUUCUUGGGUGACCAAACGUGGAAAGUUCGACGUCUUGAAUACUGGGGCAUAGAUUUCGAUUUGUUCGAGCCUCGAGUCAAGAAGCUAUUGAGUCUCGCUGAAUCAGUUUCUUCUAGGGUCUUCAUGGGAAGACCCGUGUUAAACGAGCUAGUCUGCGUAAAUUCGAAAAUUGUCCUUGUGGGAGAUGCUGCACACCCAAUUUUGCCUGGAGGUAAUCAGCAUAUUGCCUUAGCUAUUGAAGAAGCGGAGACUCUGAGGUGCAUCUUCACUCGCAUUCAGCACCGGAGCCAAAUACCAGAAUUACUGGUAGCAUAUGAAGAGAUACGGCUUCCCCGCACUUCACAUAUAAUCAAAUACGAAAGAGGCAUGCACUUGAUGAUGAAGAUACCUAACGGUCCACAGCAAGAAGAGCGCGACGCGAAGCUGAAACAGGUGAUGGCUGGAGACUGGGAUCAUAUGGAUGAGGAAUUAUUCAGAGCAAUCUUUGGGGAGGAAUUCCAACAAUAUAGCCAUGAUGCUACUGAGGAAGUCGAAGAUUGGUGGACAAAAUGGGGGCCGGUAAUUUCGAAGAGGGUACUUGACCGGGAGUGCUGA